AUUGACGAUGCGCGUCGCAUCCAAUCACUUCCUCUAGGUACAUACCACCAAUCCCAAUCUAUAUCUACCAAACCCAACAACUAACACCAUCCACCCAGUCCAUCCUUCCUCACCCCAAACCACAAACCUCCAAUCCAACCCAAUCUACACAUACAAACAACACACCAAAUACAUCCCCCCAAAAUGCUCCGCCCAACCUCAACCUCAACCACCACCACCCUCCUCCGCACCCUCCGCACCCUCACAACCACCAUCGCCACCACAAAACGACACCACUCCUCCGUCUCCGCCAAUGAACUCUCUCACUUCUCCUCCCUCGCCACAUCCUGGUGGGAUCCCCAAGGGCCCUCGCGCGUCCUCCACCUCAUGAACCCCGUUCGCCACGACUUCAUCGCCUCAUGCCUGGCCGAAUCGACCCCGAUAAGCAGCACGACGCCGUCCUCGCCCAUGGACGCCUCCAACACUUACAACAAAAACAACCUCCGGUACCUUGACAUCGGCUGCGGAGGGGGCAUCUUCGCGGAGUCAUUAGCGCGCACGAUCCCAGCCUCAUCCUCGGAGGGAACCCUGACCCGCACGCGCGCCGCCUCAAUAACAGCGCUGGACCCCAGCCCCACGCUGAUAAAGAUCGCGCGGGACCACGCGCGCCUCGACCCCUCCGUGCAGGCGCAUCUGGAUAGUGGGCGGUUCAAGUAUGUGAAUGCGUCGUUGGAGGAGUUCAUCCCUACUCUACAGGCAGAAGAGAGAAGAUUCGAUAUCGUGACCCUCUUCGAAGUGCUCGAGCAUAUCGAUAAUAUCCCCGGGUCUAUCACUCCGCAGAGCUUCCUGUCGAAUUGUUUGUCUAUGGUGAAGCCCGGUGGAUGGCUGAUCGGGUCUACGAUUGCGAGGACGUUCCCGUCGUGGUUGGUUAAUCAGGUUGUUGCGGAGGCGCCGUGGCCGAUUGGGGUUGUGCCGAAGGGGACGCAUGAGUGGAAGAAGUUUGUGAAUCCGGGGGAGCUGGAGGGGUGGGUGCAGGAGGGGUUGAUGAGGGGGUUGGAUGGGAGGGCUGCUCGGGGCGGGAGUGAGGCGUUGGAGGGGGCGAAAUGGAGGUGUGAGGGGGUGGUGUAUUUUCCGGGGUUGGGGUGGAAGUUGGUCAAGGGGUCGGAGAGUUGGGGGAAUUAUUUCUGGGCUGUGAGGAAGGGAUUGUAA